AUGGAUUUUCGUUUCCUACAUAAAACUCUGAGUUCAAGUGAACAACAGCAUACUCAGCCUCCUCGGCCUGCAACAACAAGAAUUCAACAAGAAAUUGAUGAGGCAGUUCAGAGGGAGAGAGAACUGAAAGAAGCAAAUGGAAUUCAGACAUCUGAUGAAAAUAUUGUACAUAAGAGAUCUCAAACACCUGAUGCUGUCAACAGUUCCACAGAAGAGAGAGAGAGUGAUCCAAAUAGUUUCUCCUCUUCGAACAAUCUUUCAGAUUCACUAAAUGAUGGAGAACCCUCAGCACAAGCUGUUCCAACAAAGAGAUCUCAGUCAUCAAGUCCAUCACUUAAUAAUUCUCCAUUUGCAAGCCCAACACACAGGUUCUCAUCUGGUGGUGGACAGAAAGGAUUGAUGCAGAGGUUUUAUGCAUCACAUGGAAGGAUGAGAAUUUAUGCUGCUCCAAGGAAUACUGUACCUGUUGUUGUUUCUCCUCCUUCUGUUUCACCUGUACAUAACCAGCCUCCAAUUCAAAGGAAGAUCAUUGACAUCAAUAGUGGGAAUGAUUCACAGGAUUCAGAUGAAGACCUGGUAAAGACUCCAGUGAGAAAGGGCUACCAAUCAGCUGAAGAGAAGAUACAAGCAGAGUUACAAGAGAUGCAAAAACGUGAAGAAGAAUUGAGGUUGCUGAGAGCAAAACUAUUUGCUCAGUCACAGCCAAAUCUUUUGAGCAUUGGUAGUAUUGAGGAAGAAGAAAUUAAUCAUAUCAAUGGUGAUGGAGGGAAACAGACUUUGCAGAGUGCACAGUCUAUUCCAAACCUCUUAGAUUCUGAUGAUUCAUUGGAUGUUUCACAGGAUCCGGCUUCACAAAAGUUUCAGAAAAAUUCCCCAAGAAAAAGAAGUGCACUGAUUGCUGAGUGGGAGAGCAGGAUCCAAAAAAAUUCAGAGCAUUGAUCGUGACCUCUGAACCACCACCAAUGAAAAUGUCACAUUCCAGAAUGUGUGUGGAUACAACCAAGAAACAAUACUGCCUUUGCAAUUUUACUAGACUGCUGUGUUCCCAGUAUUGUGAAGAAAUUUGUUUUUCUUAUGUAGAGUUUCUUAAUAUUAUUGUGCAAUUAUUGUUGAAGAUUUCUGACAGGACCAGAAAUAAUAAGUAUUAUUAGGGAGGUAAUACACAAUACAUUCCACCCACAUAGGAAACAAUGUCUAAGAUAUUUUCUUAAUGGGUUUCUUUGUAAUUGUAUAAGAACUGUCAUUUUACUCUGUGUGAUGAAUUGGUUUGAAGCUGAAUAUUCUGUUAAAAUCCUUAAACUUAAUUUCAAUGCACAAAUACUCAUACCAUUUGUUCUAAUUUGGCUACUGGGAUUUCAUAAUGGCUUCCAGUCACUUUUGGUUACCAUUGGCAUGAUGCAGAAGUUGAAGUAAAAAUUUCAAUGGUAUGAGCAGUGUUGUAUCAUUCUGUGUUGAAAGCAAUCAAAACAAUUUGAUGUUCCUUGUAUUGUGUCUUGCCUAUAUGCUAAAUUUGAUGAUUGCAGUUGAUGGAAAUUCAAAUGAAAGUCUAAAGUGAUGAGUGUUAAUAAAUGUUCUAUUUAGUGUGUUCUUUUCUUGAACUUCAGUGUAACACACUCCUGAAGAAAUAUUUUCCCUUUAUUGUUCUACACACAAGGAGAUUUUGUCCUUCCUUCUCAUUAAUUUGAAUGUGCUUAAAAAUUAGAAUAUUGCUGUGUGUCAUAUGUAAUUGCAAUAGAUUAAGGGUAUACUCCUUCAUAGUAUUCCAUGACUAGAAAUGUUUUGUUGAUUAAAUUGAUGGCUGAUGAUUUAACAAAAUGUAUUUGCCAUCCUUUUGUUGUGCUGGUUGGAAGCAUCACUCGAUGGCGAAUUUAGUCUGCUAAUUUCUUAAAGAAAUACAUGAAAAUGAAACAAACUGUAGAUAAAUAAUGCAAGAAUUACAGUAAAAUUAAGAGAAACUAAUAUAUAGUAUUUUGAGACACAUAUAAUAUGGUUAUUCAAACAUGACCAAAAUGUAAUAUUGCUGGGAGUGUAACUGUACUAUCUGGAUGAUGCUUAUGCAAGAUUCAGUGUAAAGAUUGAACGUAGUUAGAACUCUGCAACUGUUAAUCAAAGUAAUGUCUGUAGAAAAGCAUGUUUGUGAAAAAGAAAACUAAGCUUCAGCAGUUUCAGAAGAGAAUUGGCGUAAGUAUCACUAGUCUGGGUGUAUGUAGAGAGGAGACUAAGAAAACAGUUGUUUGAAUUCAUUUUCCUGUUUCUUCUUUCAAGUUAUGAAGUAAUUUUGGAAUACAUAACAAAAAAUUGAUAUACAAGAAGCUGUUAAAUAUAAGUAUUAAAACUAUUGAACAAAUAGGCAUUAUAGUUAACAACAUUUUAUUGUGUAAGGGUUGUUUGUAUGUGUAAUAUGACUGUUCUGUUACAUAUUGAUGAAAUUUCCACAUCACUCGUUAUUUUCAUUGUUGAAAUUGCAGGUAAUAUCUGUUAUAUAUAAGUGUGUGUGUGUGUGUGUGUGUGUGUGUGUGUGUGUGUGUGUGUGUGUGUGUGUCAUCAAAGUAAAAAUGUGGUGUGAAAGUGACUUAAUGUACUGGUAUUUAUUUGAAUACUAUUUAUACUGUUGCAUUGUUGUGGCAUUAAACUCCCUCUCAGACUUUGUUCAAAAUAUUGAAUUUGAAGGUGCUUCUUGAAUUUUUUUGUGCUACCACCCAUGGUUAGAUCUAUUAUUAACCAACAUGUACAUAUCAAAUAUUCAUGUGGUAUGAGGUGCAUUUCUGAGAAAUGUAAGUAAUAAAUUGCUUGU